CGGGCCUGCCAGGGAGCAACACACACACACACACACACACACACACACACACACACUGACGCAUACACACAAACAGACGAGUCUUUAAUGGGUACUCCAACGCUGAUUGGAAAAGGACGCGCGUUGACGUGAUGACGUCGCUGGGAGAACUGGCAGACUUGUGGGUUGACAGCUGAUACAAGGAGUCCCUACUCCUCCCAGUCACAGCAGCUAUCACACUAAAGGGACUGAGGCCAAGGGAUGAAGACUGACUGGAUUGCGCCGUACUCCAUUUCAGUGGAGGUAUAGGGAAGUUUGAGGAUGAAUAGAUCGAAAAUAUAAGAGCGCCACACAGAUUUUUCAGUCAUUAUUAGGUUGUCAUGGCUUAAUUGCAAGAAGAGCAACUGCUAUGGUGUUUGUUUUUUCACUCCGCUGCCUAGUGGUUUGAUACAGAACUGAAUGGACUACUCCUGGAUUUUACACCUCGACAUGACUUGAUUACGUGCCUUUCUUUUUGGUGAUCCAUCAUGAUAUCAUCUGAACGCAGUAAAGUGCUGCUAGGCCUGUUAUUUAUAUCAUAACGUGCAAAAAACCCACAACAAGGUUAGUAGAACACCUUGAGUUAGAUGUCAAGUCAUAACAACUAGAUAAAAAAAUAAAAAACAAAGCAGGCUUACUAUGCACCGUCAUCGCUGUCCCUCCAGCACCGAUUCAUCCUCAUUGGUGUGCCGCUCCUAGCAUUUCAAACCACUUCAGAGAGUCGCUACCGGCCUGGGUACUCCUUUUAUCCUCCCGUCGCUCUCUCACACAUACAGCAGGAAUGUUCGCCGCUGUCGAGCAUGGACCUGUUCUCUGCAGCGACUCAAAUAUCCUUUGCCUGUCGUGGAAGGGACGGGUGCCCAAGAGCGAGAAGGAAAAGCCGGUGUGUAGGAAGCGCUACUACGAAGAGGGAUGGCUCGCUACAGGCAACGGGAGAGGCGUAGUCGGUGUCACGUUCACGUCAAGCCACCGCAGAAGGGACCGCACAACACCGCAAAGAAUCAACUUCAACCUCAGAGGACACAAUAGUGAGGUGGUUCUGGUGCGCUGGAAUGAGCCCUUCCAGAAGCUGGCCACCUGUGACACGGACGGGGGCAUCUUCGUGUGGAUCCAGUACGAGGGCCGCUGGUCUGUGGAGCUGGUCAACGACCGUGGAGCUCAGGUGAGCGACUUCACCUGGUCCCACGAUGGCGCCCAGGCGCUGAUUUCCUACCGAGACGGCUUUGUCCUGGUGGGCUCGGUCAGCGGCCAGAGGCACUGGUCCUCCGAAAUCAACCUGGAGAGCCAGAUCACCUGUGGCAUCUGGACCCCGGAUGACCAGCAGGUGUUGUUUGGCACGGCGGAUGGACAGGUGAUCGUGAUGGACUGCCACGGCCGAAUGCUGGCACAUAUCCUUCUGCACGAGUCUGACGGCAUCGUGUGCAUGUCCUGGAACUACCCCAACUUUCUGGUGGAGGACCGCAGUGAGAGCGACACAGACUCGGACGACUACCCCCCGCCCAAAGUGCAUAACAUGAAACCACUGCUUACGGUCAGCUUCACCUCGGGGGACAUCAGCCUGAUGAACAACUAUGAUGACCUCUCCCCAACCCUCAUCAGAACCCGCCUCAAAGAUGUGAUGAUCCAGUGGUGCUCCCAGGGGGACCUCCUGGCCGUGGCGGGGAUGGAGAGGGGGGUGCUUGCUCCCGACCCCUCCGGUCUGCACCCGGUCAGGAACGCCAUCGUCAAGUUCUACAACGUCCGCGGGGAACAUAUCUACACACUGGACACGCCGGCCCAGCGGCCCAUCACCACGCUGUGCUGGGGCCACCGGGACUCGCGUCUGUUCCUGGCAUGCGGCCCAGCGCUGUACGUGGUGCGCGUGGAGCACCGUGUGGCCGGCCUGCAGCUGCUGUGCCAGCAGGGCAUCGCCUCGGCGCUCCGGGAGGAGAAGGACGCCGCCAAGCUGGUCAUCCCCGCCCGCCUGUGCUCCUAUGUCACGGCCGCCUUCGCACCCACCAUCAAGCCGCCCAUCCCGGACCCAAACAACAUGCGUGACUUUGUGAGCUACCCCACUGCCGGCAACGAGCGGCUGCACUGCACCAUGAAGCGCACAGAGGACAACCCCGAGGUGGGCGGGCCCUGCUACACGCUGUACCUGGAGUACCUGGGGGGCCUGGUGCCCAUCCUGAAGGGCCGGCGCAUCAGCAAGCUGCGCCCCGAGUUCGUCAUCAUGGACCCAAAGACGGACGGGAAAGCAGUUGGCAGUUCUACAUUCAGCCCCAAUGAGGUCUACAGCAACACACUGAUCUCUUCCAUGAUUGACAGCUGUAACUGCUCAGACUCCAGCGACAUAGAGCUUAGCGAUGACUGGGUUGGCAAGAAAUCCCCAAAGAUCUCCAGAGGCAGCAAAUCCCCCAAACUUCCCAGAGACUUAGUCUGUCCCUUUACCAACAGGAUAAACAUCGAUCCAAGAAAGUCCCCCAAACUGUCCCGCGCAACGCAAGAGAUCUCAAGGUCGCCAAGGUUACCCAUACGGAAGCCCUCCAUUGGCUCUCCCAGUCUCACACGGAGAGAAUUUCCGCUAGAUGACAUCACACAGCAUAAUUACCUUGCUCAGGUCACAUCAAAUAUCUGGGGAACCAAGUUCAAGAUCGUGGGGCUGGCUGCGUUCCUGCCCACCAACCUCGGCGCAGUCAUCUACAAGACCAGCCUCCUCCACCUGCAGCCGCGCCAGAUGACCGUCUACCUGCCCGAGGUCCGCAAGAUCUCCAUGGACUACAUCAACCUCCCGGUCUUCAGUCCCAACGUCUUCAGCGAGGACGAGGACGACCUCCCUGCUGCAGGCACCACCGUCUCCGACGUCAACAACCCGCCCUGCAGCGUCAACAUCCCCAUCGCCCCCAUCCACAGCCCCGCCCAGGCCAUGUCCCCCACCCAAAGCAUCGGCCUGGUCCAGUCCCUCCUAGCCAAUCAGAACGUCCAGCUGGAUGUCCUCUCCCGCCCCAUGGCCAGCCCCGACGGGGCCACUGCGGGGGGCUCGGACCAGGGCCAGACAGCCCAGUACGCAGUCUCAGCCCGGUACUCCAGUCCAGGGCAGGUCAUCUUUGGAGGGGUCGAUACUGGUCACCUCAUGGGGGGGUCGUCCUCCCAUCACCCACAGCAAAUACAGCCGCAGCAAAGUCGCCAUCAACAACAGCAACAACAGCAACAGCAACUUCAACAACAGCAACAGCAACUUCAACAACAGCAGCAGCAACUUCAACAACAACAGCAGCAGCAACUUCAACAACAGCAGCAGCAACUUCAACAACAGCAGCAUCAACUUCAACAACAGCAGCAGCAGCAACAGGUUCAACAGCAUCAACAACAUCUUCAUCAAAACCAUCAACAGCAGCAUCUUAAACAACAGUACCAACAACAGCAUCUUCAGCAAAACCAUCAACCGCCCCAACAUCAACAGCUUCAACACCAACAACAGCAUCAACAACAACAGUACCAACAACCGCAUCAACAACAACAACACCAACACCAACAGUACCAACAGCAACUGCAGCAACAACAGCUUCAGCACCAUCAUCAACAGCUCCAACAGCAGCAGAUGCUGCAGCAGAUCCAGCAAAUGCAGCAGCAGCAGCAGCACCAACAGCAGCUCCAGCAGCACAUGCAGCAGCAGCAUCUGCAGCAGCAGCACAUACAACACAUACAGCAGCAGCUGCAACAACAACAGCAGCAGCAGCAGCUGCAGCAACAGCAGCAGCUGCAGCAACAGCAUCAGCACCUGCAACAACAGCAACAAAUGCAAGCACAUCAGCAGCAGCAGAAUCCUCAAAUGCAACAGCAGCUACAGCAGCAUCAAGUCCAAGCUCAGAUGCCUGCAUCGUCGCUGUCAUCUGCUCAGUCUCCAGGUGCAGCCCUGCACCUGCUGCAGCCGGUUGCCCUGCAGAUCCAGAUCCCUCAUCUGCCGGCGGACGUGGCGGUCGAGAGAGGUGGGCACGGGGUCGAACACGAGCACCUGCUGAAGAUCAAGGCCGGCCGCCCCGCCCCGCAGCUGGCUGAGGGCGACACGGUGGUGUUCAGUGCGCCCCUAGAGCUCAGCAAGAUGAACCCCCCGCCCCCUUAUCCAGGGACGGUGGCGGCAGCAGCAGCGGCAGCGGCCUCCUCCGGCGGAGCUCCUCAGCACGGAGACCUGGGCAUGAAGAAGUCGGACUUCCCUCAGUAUCCCUCGGGCCCGCCGCCAUCGGGGAACACGCCGUACCCCACGCCCCUAGGCUACGAGCGAAUCACCACCUUUGACAGCAGUGGCAACGUGGAGGAGGUGUGUCGGCCCAGAACCCGGCUCAUCUGCAACCAGAACGUCUACACGCUGCAGAGCCCCGGCAGCUCAGCCACACUCAGGGUCACCUCCUCAUCCUCAGCCGAGGGCAAGAAGAUCCAGCUACCCUACUCCUCCGCUACCCUCAAUAGACUCACUGUUCCGCGGUACUCCAUACCAAGUGGAGAUCCGCCCCCUUACCCAGACCCGGCCAAUCAGAACAAUGCUGCCAGUAGGAACCCGGGACAGAGACUGGACAGCAACCUCAUCCAUGCCACUCUCAGGCGGAAUAGCCGAGAGGCCGCUCUCAAGGUCUCCCAGAUCCUAGACCAACCGAGACCCCUGCCCCCUAAAGCCAAGAACAGUGCCCCGCUGGCCGCCUCCUACCAGCAGAGGGCGCCCACCGCCCUGUACACCUGCAGCCAGUGUAGCAGUGGAUCCAGCAUUGGGGGUCCGGCUCCAGGCAGCACCAACGGCAUCGCUGGGGGGACAAUCAUCAGGCAGGACUUCCCUCCUGGGAACGGGGCUCCGCACAGCACAGUGAUUGUCCACUCCAACAGCACUACGUUGCUGGCCUCUCAGUCCUCCUACAGCCUGCUGGGUGCCCUGGACGGGCCCGGGGCUGGAAGUGGGAGCGGCCGGGACAGGACCGACUACAUCAACUCUGCCUUCACCGAGGACGAGAACCUCAACCAGUCCCUGAGGCAUCUGGCACUGGGAGGAGCUGACAUGUCUGAUUUGGUGGUCAAGCGACCCCCUCCCUAUCAGUGGGAGCCAGCCACCACAGAUGAGGUGUGGGUACCUCAAGAACGGACAGCAACUCUGACCCCCACAGGGCCCCCAGGAGCCCACAAACCACCUCCCCUCAUCCUGGGCCCAGCUCAGCACCUAGACAUUUCCAGGCUUCCGUUCAUCCUUUCUCCAAAGUCCCCCACCAGCGCCAGCGUUGCGUCGUUCCAUGCCGCAGCGGUCGCCGCCGGUUACCAGAUCUCUCUCCAGUACACCCCGGCUACAUCCUACUCAGGGCCACAGAUGCAGCCCAUCCCUGGGUCCCCUCGUCCCUGCUCCUCUCCUAAGGAGAUGGUGGCCCCGGUGCCUCUCCCACAGCAGGACGCCGCCCUGGUCGUACCGCCCGGCUACACGGCCAACCUGGCCAACCUCACCUGCUGUCCUCUUCCGCCCAUGUACCCCGGAGGCAGCUCGUGUGGCAGGCUCCCCAUCCCUCCCAUCGCCCUCCAUGCCCCCUGGGGUACGUACAGCCCCUGUCCCCCUGUGCCCGGCCCUGCUGCGCCUCUGCCCCUGCCCCCUAAGGCCUCGCAAUUGGCGGCCUUUGAGAAAAACGCUUACGCGGUUCCUGCCCCGGCUACCCUUCCACCAGCGGUUCCUCCUUCUCCUCCUCCUCCUCCUCCUCCUCCUCCGACUACCUCCUCUCUGCCCCCAGCAGAGUCUCAGAGCCAUAUGGGGGCCCCGGAGGCCAUGGCGGCAGACGCCGGGGAGAUGUUCCAGGAGGUCCUCUCCCUCACUGAGAGCCCUGCGCCACAGCGCUCCGACAAGUUCGGCAAGAAGAACCGCAAACGGACGGACGGGCGGCAGGACGAGGCGCCGCCGCCCCUCGGCGAGGGGGGCAAGUCCAAGAAGGAGGGCCGCGCGCUCGGGGACUUCAACUCGCUCAUCUCCAGCCCACGUCUGGGCAGCAGGGACAAGAAGAAGCUGAAGGGACAGAAAGAGCAGCAGCUGAAGGCCAAGAAGCUGAGCAAGGCGGCGGGCAACAGCGAGUUCCAGGACAGCUCGGAGAGCGAGCCCGAACUGUUCAUCAGCGGUGACGAGCUGCUGAACCAGAGCGGGAAGAAGGGCUGGAAGAGCAAGCGGAGCCUGCGGGCCGCCAGCGAGCUGGAGGAGCUCAAGUGUCGCAAGGCCAACGAGAAGGAGGACCGAGGACUGGGCAGCCAGGGCUUUGUGUACGUCAUGGCCAACAAACAGCCACUGUGGAACGAAGCCACCCAGGUGUACCAGCUGGACUUUGGGGGGCGCGUCACACAAGAGUCGGCCAAGAACUUCCAGAUUGAACUGGAAGGGCGACAGGUGAUGCAGUUUGGCAGAAUCGAUGGCAAUGCCUACAUCCUGGAUUUCCAGUAUCCCUUCUCUGCUGUGCAAGCCUUUGCUGUGGCUUUGGCCAACGUCACCCAACGCCUCAAAUGAUACCAUUCUCCCUCCCUCUCUCCCUAAAUUCAGGAGGAGAUUUAGAGAUUCAAUUGCCAUCUGCUGAACAAGCGCUGUUUGUCUGAAGUUUCUUAACUUUGAGUUGAUUUUGUUGGAGACGAGGAAGAGGUUUACAGUGGUCCUCCCUGAUCCGGUGGGGACGAUUUAAACCAUGCUGCACUACACAAUGCUGCCAGUAGAGUCGGUGCAAUAAGCAUUGGCUGCGGAUGCCAAGUCUGUCCCCAGAGCGGCCUCGCUCGGCCCCUCAGAGGCCCCCAGCUGGGAGGGCCUGUCCAGAAGCUGAGCUUUUGGGCCAUUUUGCAAAUAAAUAUUGCUCUAGCUAGAAGACUUAUGUAAACAGUGAACAAGCGGUUAUGUAUCUUGUUUGAGUGGUUCUACCAGAAGCCUUUGUUUCUGUGUGGUCUAUAAGAGGAGCAGCUGUAAUACUUGAAAAAAAAAAAACUAAACACAUCCUGGCGAUUGAACAUUUGGGUUUUCUUAUUUUUUUUGAGGGGGGGGGGUGGCGGGGAGGUUGCAGGAGAAUGCAGAGGUACUACUGGGCACUGAAAUCCAUUGCUGUACAACAUUCAGUGAAAACAGCAACCACUGUAUUUACUGAACUGCUUUGGGAUAUUUUGUUUAAAAAAACACAGAAGUUCAACUUUGUAGAGAAUAGGAGCACAUUUUGUUUUACGCUCUCAGACAUUUUAUUUUUGUUACACUCAAAAUGUCUGUGGCUGAAUUUGAGGCUACAUUGAUACGUGUUGUUUAAGGGGAACCAUGAUUGAAUUCACUUCUCUUGUUACUAAACCUGGAAGGGUAAGGGAAUGAAUAAAGCUUCAUCAAAGCCAUCAUCACAACAAGGUGGGAGUCUGAAGGAAGGACUGUUGCUCAUCCACGAUGGGUUUAAUUUAUCUGUUUGUUUACCACGUCUAUACUUUGAAUUCUACCUUUUAGUCAUUGUUUAUGUGUUCCCCUAACAAUCUUAGUAAAUUGCUGACAUGGCUUUCAACCUAUCUACUCUGUUUUGGAGCAAGACGGCUGAGUUAGAAUUUCGCUGUAUAGACUGAAGAUAUCCAAAUUGAAGGGUUGUAAAGAAUAGUAUUGACUGACUAAUCCUGUACUGUCAUUGAGAUAUUAACCCUUCUUAUGGUGACUUGAUGUUUAAAGAUGGCCCUCAAUAGCCUAAAUUCUGGCGCCAAGCGAUGUUUUUGUUCACUUUUUUUGUCUGCUGCCAUCACUUCUGUGAAGUGAGUUAGUUAGUUAGUUCGGGGAGAUGCCCCGCCACCUUAAGAGACAAAGCUAAACUUGUAACACUUGCAAGGUACAGGAAUUCUUUUUGUAUAUUGUACCUCUGCCAUUUCAUACAUUAUUUAAACGCUGUGUAAUCAACCAGUAUCAUUGACACAUAGGAACUCCCCAGAGCUAGUGGAGUGGGGAGACAGUAUUUCACAGGGCUGUCUGCGCUGGGUUUCGGUACCAGAUAUCCUCAACAGAAAUCAAAUUCAAAGGAAACAUAAACUGUCAAAAAGAGUUUUCACACAAGGAACUCUUCCAUUCCCAAACCAAACAUUGAAGGACGCAGUUUGUUGAUCUAGCUGAAGGGGAGAUUGGUCAAGUGUGUGACCCUUGGGUUAUUUUUGACCCGUUCAAAGAUUAAGGCCUAAUGAAAUGUGGUACACAUAGUCAAGAAAGAAUGUGCCAAAAACUAUUGGUCAAUGAAGAUAUGAACUGAUAACUAGGAAAGACGCCUGGAGAGGGAAAGGAUUUAGUCUGUUUAAUGAAAACAAUAUCGGUUUUGAGCAGUCAAUAACGAUUUGAUAUUCAAUGGACUGGAUUACUACAUUCAUGUAGCUUUUUUCUCUUUUAAAUGACAUACAUGUCAACAGAAGGGGUCUAAUGGACUUUGAUGGAGAAAUCGUUUAAUCUUGACAGCAUAAAGACAAUAGGCAUGGUGUUAACAAGAUGGCUGACAAUAUCUUGUUUUGUGUUAGUUGUGCAAUAGUUUCUUAGGAAGAAAGAUUUUCCUUUGCCAUCACAUACUGACCGCAGUUUUACACAAUGUUGUUGAAAACCUGUUGGCAGUGUUGCUGUCCUAUACCUUUAAUUUAUCCGUCAUAAUUUCCCAAAGGUUGUAUAUUACUUAUGGACUUUUCAUACUUAUUUCUUUUUGUCAAGGGUUUGUUUCAAGUUGUUGACGAAUAGUAAGAUGGUAACAUGGAAGGCUUUGAGCAGGAGGGGGUGGGGCAGAUUAUACAGUGUUUUGUGAAGUUUGCAUUGGUUUAAAAAAAAAAAAAAAAAAAGAUGUGAAUGAGCAAGUGCCCAGUUGUUUAGUGUAGUUGUGUAGGAUGUAA